CUAUCCUUUCACUCUCUCAGCCCUUCUCCAGGAGCCUCUGCUUUCAGACUCCUUCUGGUUCAGCUUGGGACAGACACCCAGAACAAGGGACACCUGUGGUUGUGGAUUUUAAGCUCAGUAAUGGGAAAGCUUGAAAAUGCUUCCUGGAUCCACGAUCCUCUCAUGAAGUACUUGAACAGCACAGAGGAGUACUUGGCCCACCUGUGUGGACCCAAGCGCAGUGACCUGUCCCUUCCGGUGUCUGUGGCCUAUGCGCUGAUCUUCCUGGUGGGGGUAAUGGGCAAUCUUCUGGUGUGCAUGGUGAUUGGCCGACAUCAGACUUUGAAGACACCCACCAACUACUAUCUCUUCAGCUUGGCAGUCUCAGAUCUGCUGGUCCUGCUCUUGGGGAUGCCUCUGGAAAUCUACGAGAUGUGGCAAAAUUACCCUUUCCUGUUCGGGCCUGUGGGAUGCUACUUCAAGACAGCCCUCUUCGAGACUGUGUGCUUUGCCUCCAUCCUCAGUGUCACCACGGUUAGCAUAGAGCGCUAUGUGGCCAUCGUCCACCCUUUCCGAGCCAAGCUGGAAAGCACGCGGCGACGGGCCCUCAGGAUCCUCAGCCUAGUCUGGAGCUUCUCUGUGGUCUUUUCUUUGCCCAACACCAGCAUCCAUGGCAUCAAGUUCCAGCACUUUCCCAACGGGUCCUCCGUGCCUGGCUCAGCCACCUGCACAGUCACCAAGCCCAUGUGGGUAUAUAACUUGAUCAUCCAAGCUACCUCCUUCCUCUUCUACAUCCUCCCAAUGACCCUCAUCAGCGUCCUCUACUACCUCAUGGGGCUCAGGCUGAAGAGAGAGGAGUCCCUUGAGGCAGACAAAGUGGCUGUGAAUAUUCACAGACCCUCCAGAAAGUCAGUCACCAAGAUGCUGUUUGUCUUGGUCCUCGUGUUUGCCAUCUGCUGGACCCCCUUCCAUGUGGACCGGCUCUUCUUCAGCUUUGUGGAAGAGUGGACAGAGUCCCUGGCUGCUGUGUUCAACCUCAUCCAUGUGGUAUCAGGUGUCUUCUUUUAUCUGAGCUCUGCGGUCAACCCCAUUAUCUAUAACCUCCUGUCUCGGCGCUUCAGGGCGGCCUUUCGAAAUGUUGUCUCCCCUACCUGCAAAUGGUGCCAUCCCCGGGAUCGGCCACAGGGACCUCCAGCCCAGAAGAUCAUCUUCUUGACAGAAUGCCACCUCGUGGAGCUGACAGAGGAUGCAGGCCCCCAGUUCCCUGGUCAGUCAUCCAUCCACAACACCCACCUUACCACGGCCCCCUGUGUGGGAGAGGUACCAUGAAAGGAGUGGUCAGAAGGUCUCUCAGAAGGCCUGGAUUCUGUGAUUGACAUCCAUCUAUGUGCCAAAACUGCAAGGAGGGACACCCUGUCACCUAUGCCUCCUUGCGUGCCAUUAGAGAGAUAACAAGGCUCUUAGAUUCUACGUACUCACUACUUUUUUUAAUGUUAAAACUCAGACUUUGUUCUGGGCCCCAGCACAGUCCUUAUACUCCAUAUUUCUGUAUUGUGAGUUUUCAUAACUGUGAUUACAGUGUGCUACGGAGUCUCACUUAACGAUGUUCUCAUGAUGGGUGGGUUUAGCCUACUAAAGGCAUGGUAGAGUAGCUAAGCAGAACAGCACAGUUAUCCCAACCUCCAAACCCAGGAUGCAGGAGAAACUACUGGGUGUUACUCGGACAGCUGGCUCAGAACUGCUCAUAAAAGCCUAAUCCUCCAAUAGUUAGGGCUUUUGCAAGUCUGUUGUCAAAUGAGCGAUGGCUUGAAAUCAGUCAUGGCAGAAAUAUUUGUGCUACAGAAAUUAACAAGCUCCGUAAAUCAGAGCUAAAUAAUUUUUAGCGCCCAGAGAGCUGGCCCACGAGCAGGUUGGGAGCUAUUAAUGAGCUGGCACUGUGCCAGCUUGACACGACGCGUGUGACUCGUUUUUUUUCAGAACAGAUGCUGGUAACGCUGCAAUUAUGGACUACUUAGAGUCGUGGUUAACUGUGAAAAACUGCUAUGGACUAGAUUUAAAAAUAAAAAAUAACUAGAGUUUCUACACAAAGUAGGCGAAAUGCUGCUAAUUAAGCCAAUGGAAGCAGCAUCAGCGGUUUAUAAUUAACCUAGAGAAGAAGGGUUAUUUUUGGAUGCCAUCCAUUAACAUUAAUGCAGAAAGCAACAAUGGACCGGGUGUUGUUUCCCCUCACGCGUCUGUAUUUGCAGAGCCCACAGGAUAUGUUGUCAAAACAGAUGACUUUUCUAUAGUCAUCUCCACUCGGCUGCAGAUUUAUUUCCUUCUUAACCGGUAGAAACUCGGCGUAGGACUGGAGGGGCGACGCAACGGACAAAGGCACCCGCCACCAAGCCGGAGGAUCUGAAUUCCAUACCCGGAACACACAUGGUGGAAGGAGAGAGAAAUGACUUCCUCAAGUUGUCCUUGGACCUCCAAACAUGCACCAUGGCAAUAUGCCCUCCCACACCCCAACACUCGCCACACUGGAUAAGUUAAUAUAAAAAAAUUAAAGAAGUAUAUCGUUAAUCCAUAGUGUGGAAGCUAACAGGGAUACUGUCUUCUAGAAGCCUAGAAAACCAGUGGUUGCCUGAAUGCUCCAUGGAGUCUGCUUCUGUCACUCAACCUGUGCCACUGUAGAAGCUCUUUCAAGGCAAUGUCAGUAAUUGAAAGUUUUGACUAAUUUAUGUAUGGGACCCAUAUUGUAGAAUCUACCUACAUUAUAUACCAGGAUAUCCCUGCUAGUGAAAUAUGUUCAUUGCACAAAACAGACUAUUAACUUAGAGACUUAGAAAGAUGGACGAGUCUGGCAAAGAAAGUCAAAGUCCAGGACAAAGAGAAGCAAAGCUGGAGAGACAAGAAAUGUCUCAUGGGCAAAGGCAUUUGUGCAUAAGCCUGCUGGUCCAAGUUUUUUGGUUAAGGAAGAGAUCCAAUGCCUGAAAUUGUUCUCUGACCUCCAUAGUCACCAUGGCUUGUGUCAAAAAACCUCCUCACACGUAAUAAUGAAAGAAUUGCUUUAAAGAAAAGCAAUUUACCCUUUCAAACUCAUUCACUGCUAUGAAACCACAUGGACACAUAGAUAAGAAAUUCUGUGAGUUAAUAGUCAUUUUGAAGAUAGAUCUUAAAAGGCUUCAUAGAACAUGCUUAUUUGUAUAUUUCCACAGCAUAAAGACUAUCUCUUACAAACACUUUCUGCUCUGUUUUAUAAGUGCUGAAAAUUUCAGGUCCUGACUUUGACCACCUGUUCCUCAGUAAUGAAAUGGAAUAAAGGUUGCCCUGUGCACA